AUGUCAAUUCUGAUUGGCCAUCAGAUCAGCCAGCAACCCACAUCGCCGCCAAGUUUUCGCCAAGCCUGCGCACCACUUUGCGAUUUUGAUUUUGCAGGAAUCCGGGUCUCAAUCAACGACUCAGUCCAUACCACUUUUUUACUUCCUCAACACCAGUCUCUUCGCCAGGCACAAACAGUCAAGAUGGGUGCCCUCAAAUACGUCGAAGAACUUCACAAGAAGAAGCAAUCCGAUGUCCUUCGAUUCCUUCUCCGAGUCCGCUGCUGGGAGCUCCGACAAUUGAAAGUCAUCCACCGCGCUUCCCGACCCUCUCGACCCGACAAGGCUCGUCGCUUGGGUUACAAGGCCAAGCAGGGCUAUGUCAUCUACCGUGUCCGUGUCCGACGUGGUGGUCGCAAGCGACCAGUGCCAAAGGGCGCCACCUACGGCAAGCCUACCAACCAGGGUGUGAACCAACUCAAGUACCAACGAUCCCUCAAGUCCACCGCCGAGGAGCGCGUCGGACGUCGUUGCGCCAACCUCCGGGUCCUCAACUCGUACUGGAUCAACCAAGACUCCACCUACAAAUACUUCGAGGUCAUCCUGGUCGACCCUCAACACAAGGCCAUCCGCAGAGAUCCUCGGAUCAACUGGAUCGUCAACCCAGUUCACAAGCACCGCGAAAGCCGUGGCCUCACCGCGACCGGCAAAAAGUCUCGUGGCUUGGGCAAGGGUCAUGGAUACAGCAAGACCACCGCAGGAAGAAGAAAGACCUGGAAGAGACACAACACCCUGUCGCUCUGGAGAUACCGAUAAACGUAUCGCAAGCACCACCACCACCACCGGCAAUAGUCCUGGCGCUUGUUGUGCGUCGGUUCGUGGCUGUGGUCAUGUCAUGGAUGAAACAUGGUUGUUCAAAACAUCAGAAAAAUUCACGAAUGCGGUCUUGGCCGUGGCCAGAGGGUUAUCUAGCAUGUGGACGAGGACAAAUCGGCGUCGUGCCGCGAGCAUGAGGAGUGAAGAAGGGGAAUUACAAACGCCCUUUGGGACAUCUCAGCUUGCGAUUGCUUUGAUGCUGCAUCAUCAUCAUCAGCAGCAAUCGGUCAGAAGGUCUAAAUGAUACCAAACCAAAAAUUGCAAGCGUUUUCAUUGCCCAAUGUCAUUUCCAAGGUCAUGUUGGCUUGCUUUUACC